CGCGCAAGUCGGCAGCAACAACGAACGGCAUGGUCCCCCGCUCUCUUCUCCUCUGUAGUUUGCGAAGACCAAACCUCGUUUUACGUCCGCAACCUUUUCGGCUUCUGACUUCUGGCAGUGAAAAACAACCCUCGCCCCCCGCGACCUCUCAAAAACCGCCGCGAUCAUGGCUCACGAGAAAGCUGGAGAAAUCUCCUGCAGCUAAAAACGCGUUUUUGACGCUGGCGAAACUGCUAGGAUAUGGUAGUUCAAGACAGAUUUCAGCGCGAAGAUCGUUCGCGAUGUACGAGCAGCUGUGCGUCAUUACACCGGACGAGGACCGAGCGUUCUGGCAAGAUGAAUGCCACCUGCCUCCGACAUUUCAAUCGUGGUUCACUGUGGUGAACCUUCAUGUCUGGUUGCUCACUGUACGGCUUCGCGCGCUACCUCCACCACACGGCAAAAUAUACAUUCAGGCGCUCAUCGACCAUUUUUUCCUGGACAUCGAGGACCGUGUACGCGCUAUCCUUCAACCUGCCACCCCGGAAUCCCCGACGACGACAUCAGCAUCUCUCACAGGCCCUUACACACCUCCGUCUAGCUUUUACACAAUCGCAAAUCCUACCGAUGGUCGUUCGCGGCCGAAGGGACGAGCUCCAGAACGACUUGUUGGACAACAAUUGAAGAUAUUCAGAGAACAGUGGGCCGGCAUGGGCAUGUCCUUCGACAUAGCGCUCUUGACUGGCGAUGAAGAGAUGGCCGCUGCAGUCUGGCGCAAUUUCUUGGGAGGACGAGGCGCUCGGGGGAUAGUGUACCCUUCUGGCCAGAAUCCGCAGACGCCAUACUUCCGUCGGUCAGUGAACCUCGUUGGUGGGGAGGUCGAGAAAGUGAAGAAGAUUGACGAGCGUGGAUUGGAGGUAGAAGAGGCGCGCGAUGAUGGGUCGGGUGUGCACGACUACUUGCCGAAUGAGGCGGACAAGUAUGUCGCAUACCCGGAGCUAAUGGCUACGCUUGUCGCAUACAUGAGGCGCGAGCUUGUUCGAUUACAACAAGUCCCGGACGAGGCUUUCAUUGGCAUCAGACCUGGGAAAGAGGGCGGUGGUCUGCAGGAGAUGAGAUUUGGUAGGGUGCGGGCGACUCCACUGUUUGAGAGCUGAUGUUCCUAGGUACUGUAUCAAAAUUACUGCUUACACUGUCCUUUUAAUACUAGAUACCGCUGAUUCAUUUGACAUCAGCUGGCGAAAGUGGUCUGGCAGUUCGCCGGCUGUCAUCAAAAUCAGUGCCUUAAUGCCUAUUGAAAGUCAAUCCAAUAUCAUAUGAAAGGUC